CCAGCCGCCGGGUGCAGGGGCUGAGCCGCCAGCGGGCGCGGAGCGGCGGCUACUUCCCGCCCGCCUGCUCUGUGGGCUCAGCGCUUUUGGUAGACUAGUGGGGUGGCCGCUGCCUUCUGCAGCGGGCUGCCGCGCUGCAUCCGGGGCUCGGCGUGACCUUGAGGGCGGCCAGUGCGGGGGUCUCCCCCUGCUUUGACUCCUGCGCGGGGCGGGCGUUACUGCAGCUCGGACCUUCCUAGGGAGGAGACGGGAUUGUACACCUAUAUGAUUAACUUGAAGAAAAGGAACUAACCAUGGGAAGACAUUCAAGAUUCUUCUCUGGAAAGGGUUGCUGAUGUCUCACUCUUCUAUUUCGGUGAUGUGUAUCUGCUCAUCUGACUGUCUUCAUAUCUAAAGGAUUUAUUUUACUUUUGGAAGUACUUCAAGUUGAAAUUUUUGUUUCUCAUUUGGAAACUGUUUCCUCAUUCUAAGGACUGUAUACAUCAUGGGUGACAUGGCUAACAACUCAGUUGCAUACAGUGGUGUAAAAAACUCUGUAAAAGAAUCUAAUCAUGGAGAUUUUGGAAUCUCACUUGAAGAGCUCCGUGCCCUUAUGGAACUGCGAUCUACAGAUGCAGUGCAUAAAAUACAAGAAUGUUAUGGAGAUGUCUAUGCUAUCUGUACAAGAUUGAAAACUUCACCAAAUGAAGGUCUAAGUGGAAAUCCAGCAGAUAUAGAGAGAAGAGAAGCAGUGUUUGGGAAGAACUUUAUACCUCCUAAAAAGCCAAAAACAUUUCUUCAGUUAGUAUGGGAAGCACUACAGGAUGUUACCCUAAUUAUAUUAGAAAUUGCAGCCAUAAUAUCAUUGGGCCUUUCUUUUUACCAGCCUCCAGGAGGGAACGAAGCAACAUGUGGAGCAGUGACUGUUGGUGAAGAGGAGGAGGAAGGUGAAACAGGUUGGAUUGAAGGAGCUGCAAUCCUUUUAUCUGUAGUUUGUGUGGUAUUGGUAACCGCUUUCAAUGACUGGAGUAAAGAGAAACAAUUUAGGGGGCUGCAGAGCCGCAUUGAACAAGAACAGAAGUUCACUGUCAUCAGGGGUGGACAAGUCAUCCAGAUACCAGUAGCCGACAUAAUUGUUGGGGAUAUUGCACAAGUAAAAUAUGGUGAUCUUCUGCCAGCUGAUGGUGUACUUAUUCAAGGAAAUGACCUUAAAAUUGAUGAAAGCUCAUUGACUGGAGAAUCAGAUCAGGUUAAAAAGACUUUGGAUAAAGAUCCUAUGCUGCUGUCAGGUACCCAUGUGAUGGAAGGCUCUGGAAGAAUGGUAGUUACUGCUGUAGGUGUGAACUCUCAAACUGGAAUUAUAUUUACCUUACUUGGGGCUGGAGGAGAUGAUGAAGAGAAAGAGAAGGAGAAAAAGGACAAGAAAAGUAAAAAACAAGAUGGAGCUGUUGAGAACCGCAACAAAGCCAAAGCUCAAGAUGGGGCAGCCAUGGAAAUGCAACCCUUGAAGAGUGAAGAUGGUGGAGAUGGCGAUGAGAGAGACAAGAAGAGAGCGAACAUGCCAAAGAAAGAAAAAUCAGUUUUACAAGGCAAACUUACAAAGCUAGCAGUUCAGAUUGGCAAAGCAGGUUUGUUGAUGUCUGCAAUCACAGUCAUUAUCCUUAUCUUGUAUUUUGUAAUUGAUACCUUCUGGGUUCAGAAGCGACCUUGGCUUGCUGAAUGCACACCAAUUUAUAUUCAAUACUUUGUGAAGUUCUUCAUUAUUGGAGUUACAGUCCUGGUGGUGGCAGUACCAGAAGGUCUUCCACUUGCAGUCACUAUUUCACUCGCUUACUCUGUAAAGAAAAUGAUGAAAGAUAAUAAUUUGGUGAGACACCUGGAUGCUUGUGAAACAAUGGGCAAUGCAACAGCCAUUUGUUCAGAUAAAACUGGAACGUUGACCAUGAACAGAAUGACAGUGGUGCAGGCUUUUGUCAGUGAAAAACAUUAUAAAAAAAUUCCAGACCCAGAUGCUAUUCCUGAGAAAACUCUGGCUCAUCUUUUAACAGGAAUUUCUGUUAAUUGUGCUUACACUUCCAAAAUACUGCCUCCUGAAAAAGAAGGUGGCCUACCACGUCAUGUUGGUAAUAAAACAGAAUGUGCCUUGCUAGGAUUGCUUCUGGAUUUAAAACAAGAUUAUCAGGAUGUAAGAAAUGAAAUACCAGAAGAGGCACUGUACAAAGUAUACACCUUCAACUCAGUCAGAAAAUCAAUGAGUACGGUGUUAAAAAAUUCUGAUGGCAGUUUUCGGAUAUUCAGCAAGGGUGCCUCUGAGAUAGUUCUUAAAAAGUGCUUCAAAAUAUUGAGUGCUAAUGGUGAACCAAAGGCAUUCAGACCUAGGGACCGUGAUGAUAUUAUAAAAACUGUGAUUGAACCUAUGGCCUCUGAGGGACUCAGAACUAUAUGUCUAGCAUUCAGAGACUUCCCAGCAGGAGAACCUGAGCCAGACUGGGACAAUGAAAAUGAUAUUGUCACUGGUCUUACAUGCAUUGCUGUUGUAGGGAUUGAAGAUCCUGUGAGGCCUGAGGUACCAGAUGCAAUAAAAAAAUGCCAGCGUGCUGGUAUAACUGUGCGUAUGGUCACUGGUGAUAACAUUAAUACUGCUCGUGCUAUUGCUUCAAAAUGUGGCAUUUUGAAUCCUGGUGAAGACUUCAUAUGCCUAGAGGGGAAAGACUUCAACAGACGAAUACGUAAUGAAAAAGGAGAGAUAGAGCAAGAGCGAAUAGAUAAGAUUUGGCCAAAGCUUCGUGUGCUUGCUAGAUCUUCACCCACUGACAAACACACAUUGGUGAAAGGUAUAAUUGACAGCACUGUCUCAGAGCAGAGACAAGUUGUAGCUGUAACUGGAGAUGGCACUAAUGAUGGUCCAGCAUUGAAGAAAGCAGAUGUUGGCUUUGCCAUGGGUAUUGCUGGAACAGAUGUAGCUAAAGAAGCUUCUGAUAUUAUUCUCACAGAUGAUAACUUCACAAGCAUUGUUAAAGCAGUUAUGUGGGGACGAAAUGUUUAUGACAGUAUCUCCAAAUUUCUUCAGUUCCAGCUUACUGUCAAUGUCGUAGCAGUCAUUGUUGCUUUCACAGGAGCAUGUAUUACACAAGAUUCUCCACUUAAAGCUGUGCAGAUGUUGUGGGUAAAUCUCAUAAUGGAUACAUUAGCAUCUCUUGCUCUGGCAACGGAACCACCUACUGAAUCUCUCUUGCUGCGGAAACCUUAUGGUAGAAAUAAACCUCUGAUCUCUCGCACGAUGAUGAAGAAUAUUUUGGGUCAUGCAGUCUAUCAACUUGUAGUAGUCUUUACACUCCUGUUUGCUGGUGAGAAAAUUUUUGAUAUUGAUAGUGGAAGAAAUGCACCUCUGCAUGCUCCUCCUUCAGAGCAUUACACUAUUGUUUUUAAUACAUUUGUGAUGAUGCAACUUUUUAAUGAAAUCAAUGCCCGGAAAAUCCAUGGUGAAAGAAAUGUUUUUGAAGGAAUCUUCAACAAUGCCAUCUUCUGUAUUAUUGUUCUGGGCACGUUUAUUGUGCAGAUAAUUAUUGUACAGUUUGGUGGGAAACCUUUCAGUUGCUCAGAACUUACAAUAGAACAUUGGCUAUGGUCCAUUUUCCUGGGAAUGGGAACGCUACUCUGGGGCCAGCUGAUCUCAACAAUUCCAACCAGCCGUUUGAAAUUCCUUAAAGAAGCUGGGCAUGGAACACAGAAGGAGGAGAUUCCCGAAGAAGAGUUUUCAGAAGAUGUAGAAGAGAUUGAUCAUGCUGAAAGAGAACUGCGUCGUGGUCAGAUCUUGUGGUUUAGGGGCCUGAACAGGAUACAAACUCAGAUGGAUGUAGUGAAUGCUUUCCAGAGUGGAAGUACCAUUCAGGGGGCUCUAAGGCGGCAACCGUCCAUCGCCAGCCAGCAUCAUGAUAUCCGAGUGGUGAAUGCAUUUCGUAGUUCCUUAUAUGAAGGGUUAGAAAAACCUGAGACACGAAGUUCAAUUCACAAUUUUAUGACGCAUCCUGAGUUUAGAAUAGAAGAUUCUGAGCCUCAUAUUCCCCUUAUUGAUGAUACUGAUGCUGAAGAUGAUGCUCCAACAAAACGCAACUCCACUCCUCCCCCUUCUCCCAACAAAAAUAACAAUGCGGUUGACAGUGGAAUUCACCUUACAACAGACAUGAACAAGUCUGCUACCUCUUCAUCCCCAGGGAGCCCACUACAUAGUUUGGAAACAUCACUCUGAUUGUAAGCUGAAUGUUAACACACUAGCUGCAUUGUAAAGAAACAAAUUGAAACUGGGUCUUUUCACACAUUGUGAUGGACAAGAUAGUAGUCUUGUCCGGGACUUCAACAGAAGACACACUUGUACGAGUGUAGAUUUAUUUUUUUAAAAAAGCUUUCUGCCAGACUUGAGGGUGCUUUUGGGGGGCGGGGAUAAUAAUGAACUCUGACAGAUAAACGGUAACUCGGCAUAAGUGACCUGCGGAUCAUCAGUUGUACUUAAUGGUCCUGAACAGUGUGUUAGAACUUUAGUUUAUCUUGAUCCUUUUGAGGGAAGGGCUGGGAAGGGCAAAGAAGCCCUGGAUCAUUGAAUUGAUACUUAAAUUUCUGCUGUUGGCUGUUAAUAAUUUGGAUUAUUUAUGUUUAUAAAUGAUACAGAUCUGUUUACAAGGUUUGUAGAUACUUUUUUUGUUCCUGUUCUUAGAUGGGAAGCUUCCUUAUAAAUGAUGCAGAGAAAAAAAUUAGUCCUUCAAAUACUGCUGUAUUUUCAGGAAAAGGGUGUUUCUAUUGAAACUGUACUAAAUUUUGCCUGCAAUUUACUUUGUUAAAUAUUGUAGAUAAAUUGCUAAUACUAAUAGCCAAAUAGAUAACACUAAUGCUUUGUAAAAUCAUGAGCAAUGGUGUUCUAAUGAAGUUAUGGCCUCUGUCCUAAUUAGUUUCUUAAAUGCAUUUACUACUUAAUGGUUUUGAAACAACUGUUUAAUUUUUAAAAAUUUUGAGAAACUUACUGAAUAACUUUUUUUUUGUUCAGAAUUUAGUAGAGGAUUGUUUAAUGCAGGACAUCAAUGUGUGAUGGAACUUGCUUGAAAUACUUUUGUUAUCUCAGGCAAAAUGGAUUAAAUCAAAAUACAUCA